CUGUCAGAAGGAAGAAAAGGGGACACAUAUAGGAAAAACUGCAGCGCAGCAGCAAGAGUCCCGUCGAAAGUAAUUUAAAUUGUGAAAAAAAAUUUGAAUUAAUUGUGAAAUCAAUAAUCUAAAGCAUAGGCAAAGUUCACAUUGUCAUCGAAUCAAAACGCGCGUACGACGCCCGCAUGUAGCUCAAGCAUGGAACAGCGCAUUCUAAAGCAAGACGGCUACUUGGAUGUGGGCGAUGAUAGCAGCAACGACGGAGUCUUGCCUGGCGGAGCACCAGUGUUUGAAAUUCGCAAUAUUGUGUAUCAUCCACAUCUAAAUGUGCUACUUGCGUUCGGCGUCAACAAUCUAGUGAAAGUUCUAGAUGUCAAUUCCGGCGUUAUAUUGCAAACGUAUCAAUUAAGUACAAAUGCAGACAACUUAAUCCAUGGACGCUACAUGCCAUUGCAAGAUAAAAUCUUGUUCUGGGAUGGCCAUAACUUAGGCCUGCGCGGCGACUACAACGGAGUUCUGCUCUUGGAUACAAUAUUGCAGGCGCCAAUCGGGCAGAAUGAUGAUUAUAUUAAGCUGGAGCUUAUUUUGUCCGAAGCGAUCAUCUUUCAGAAUUGCAUAAACGAUCUGGAGAGUGAAGGCCUCGAGUGUCCGUGUGAUAUUAGUAAUGAGCUGACACAGAAGAUAAACCAGGCUCAGUUGAACACCAAGAAGGGCAUCAAAGCACAACGUUGGAAUACAAUUUGCUUGGAAGUGCCGUAUUCCAGUCUGAAAUUGGUUGCAAACAAUGUGGUCAUAUUGCUGAAGCGUUUGGAGCGACACAUUCCGGUUCUGGCCAUAGCAUCGGCCAUCAACGAACGUUUAACGGACAUGCUAAUGGGGUCUCGUUUGCCCGACUACGGCUGGAACUUUAGCAACUUCCAGCGCGUCCUCAUGCACUCGGAAGCUGUGCGUCGCCAGACAUUCGAGAAAUGGCCGCACAUGGACUAUAAAUGGGCGCUGCCAGAUCAAAUGGCACAAGCCGGCUUUUACCAUCAGCCAUCGUCAUCAGGCGAAGAUCGAGCUAUGUGUUUUACGUGCAACGUGUGCUUGGUUUGCUGGGAAAAAACAGAUGAGCCCUGGAGUGAGCACGAGCGCCACUCUCCUCUCUGCCCGUUUGUUAAGGGGGAAUACACACAAAAUGUACCGCUAUCCAUUAGCUACGCCACCAAUCCGGCAGUAACUUCGCCGGGCUUAGGAUUUGAUGUCAUUUCUAACAGCGACUACGCCAAUGUUCUCUGCACCAGCUGCACCCAGACUGGCGAGCUAAGCGUGUGGAGUAUUGAACGUCAUCUGAAGCUCAUGCACAGCUUUCAUGUGCCCACACUACUCAAGGAGCUGUUCGAGGAGAACUUUGAGUGGGCGCGCGUUACUGCCAUCUGCGUGCUGCCGAAUGCGCGCGCCCGGGCUAAAGUCAACUAUGUGUACUCGGAGAACUAUAGUGGAACCGGCAGCAGCAACGGUGCUGCUCACGCCAGCAGCAUGCACGGCGGCAAGUUUGGCGGCGUUAAUACACAGCACAUAACAUCCACAUCGACGCUGCGAGCCGGAGUUGUGGGCUCAAAGAUAGUCCUUGGUGUAACGGUGCGCCAAAGCAGCGGCGAGACGGCAUUGCGCAUGGUGGUGCUCAACAUCGUGGAAUUGGAUAGGCACAGCGAGAACUCGGCCGUUAUUAGCAAUGAUAGUGGCAGCGUCUCCAGCAUGGGAGGCCAGAUCAAGAAGACAUCUUCGCAGUUAGGAACUACUUCCAGUGACUCAAAUGUUGUCGCUAGCCAAGUAAGUCUUGAAUCUUCUAAGGAUGAUGACAACAAAUCGUUGACGCCAUAUGAAAAAUUCGCUGACGGCUUUGACAGCAACGGCUUUGUGUCCGCUUUAAUGACUUACAACAAAAACAAUGAUGUUAACCAGAGCGGCAACAAUUCUUCUGUGUUGUACGACUUUGAUUUGUCGACGUUGUCGCAAAUACUGGACAGCAAUCUCGAUGAUUCUUCCUCAGGCCUAAUGGUCUCCUCGAAUACAGUGAAUGUAAGCAACAGCUUGCUAGGCAUGAGCAAUGACAUGGACAAGCUGAUGGAUCAGGCCGAUGUUUCACAUCAAAACAACAAUAACAACAAUGACAACACUAUGGGUGUAGUCUCCUCCAAUAACAACAAUAACAACAUUAUCAUAAAUGGCAGCAACAACACGAGUGACAAGUUGAAUAGCAGCGAGGAAAUUGACUGUGUAGUAGAAAGCUGGACGAGCGUUAAGCGCAUGAAUGCCUUGGAUGGGGCACAUAGUACGAAAGGAGGGCAGUUAGAUGUGCAAGAGAUAGUGGAGAUUGACGAAAUUAUGCCCACCAGCCCAAAGUGCAAUCAGUUGCUGGUUAAGCUGAUGCGUACCAAAGCCCCUGAUUCGGAGGACACUAAGAUCAUAAUGGCUACAGUCGCCAAAGAAGAAGAAGARCAACACAAUAUACCUACGGAUGCUGACGAGAACAAUGCCGAAUGCAAUGUGGCAGCACAGCUGCUCCUCUUUGACUACGAUGACGUCCAAAUAUCCAAUGAUUAUACUCUUGCCAUGACCUUUAGCCGGGCUAAGUGUCCCAAGCAGCUGUGCAUCCUGCCUCCCUAUGUGUCUACAGCUUCGGCUGAGAUCAAAGAGACCGGCUCCAUUUGCGUCGUGUGUGCCGAUGGAUGCAUUGAAAUUUACUCCUUAGCCGAUUUUCAAGUAACGUCGGUUAUCGAGGAGGAGGGUGAGCACUUUGAGGCCGUAGUAUAUUGCCGAAACUUGGACCGACUCUGCUGCUGCUCGCGCCAGGGAGGUAUGCUGUUUUAUUCGCUUAACGACGGCGAGAACGACUCUGGUGAUGAGCUGCUGGAAAUGGAGGAUGACUGCAGUACUACGUUGACACAUGCUAUGGACUUAAGCGUAACGGAUGGCGUGCGCAAUAUACCCGGGGCCGACCCUGUCAUAGGCGACACAAUGAUAACCGGCGAUGGAGGCAGCGAUGCGGUCGCCGGAACAUCAAGUCAAAAUGUACAUGUGCAGACUUCGCCAUCUGCUGCAUCGCUGAUGGGCAACAACGCAAACCUGCUAGCAUACAAGACUUCUGACUUGACUCUCGAUGACUUGCGUGCAUUAUAUGCUUUGACGCAAUUCGAUGACAAACUAACAGUGUACUCAGCUGAGGUGCCAAGCUGCUGGAACGAUCUAGGCCAGGUGCAAAAGCAGCGGAAACAGUCGCAAAAUAUGCGUCAUGGCGGCGAUGAGCGAGACUUUACUCGGACUUGGAGAUUGCACAAUGAUGCAACCACAUGGGACGAGCACAUCAUUGAGCUUAAUCUGGCUCAGCCAGUGUCCUUGGGUCACAUCGACCUAAAGUUUACUGUGUACCAGCAGUGCUCCAAUCCGGCAGCCAUUCAGGUCACCCUGCUCAAGCAGAACACCAAUGGAUUUGGCUACAGAAUGAAAGGACCACACGCCAGCUACAAACCCAACGUCAUCGAUGAUAACAUAGACUUCUCUUACAGUGAGACACAAAAUAUUGCCAGCGAGAAUCCUGUGCUCAGUGAGGAGUACCUGUUGACCCACAAUGCCGAGGUGCUCGCUGGCCCCAUUGAGCUGUCCUCGUGCAUUGAUCUGUGUGAUCAGGGAGGCACCGCCACCCUCACUUCGCCGAAGCUAUUCAAGACACGCACACGCAAUUUCCUUCUGCAUAUCAAAACGGUAUCGGAUCCAUCCAAGGAGGGCCAAAAUAAAACGAGAGUUUUUUCUGCGCGACACAAGAGUCCGCAUCAAGUUGAAGGCUGUGUUAAUCGUACAAGAACCAGUAAAGUAAAUGCCGCGCUAUCGCAUGCAAAUCAAGACCUUGUGAAAACUGGAAAAAUCAAAAUCAUAUCAGCUUUCAGUACUCCGCUUUACAGUGUGAAAAAAAAUUUAUUACUUUCGAAUGUUAAACCAAUCAUCGUGUCCAAGCAUUCGCUGAAGUCCCGGCCAAUCGCAGAUGGUCCCUUUGUUCGGCGCAAUCCCGGGCAACUAAUAGGUUGCGAUUGGCUACACGAGAUUUCGAUAAGUGUGCGCGCCGUUAAGUCACAAACUCGCAUAAGCAAUGCGCGCAUUCAGCGGAUUGCUAUGCUCGAUAGCAACGGACUGUUGGAGCAGCUCUUCCGUAUAGUUAACGAUUCAGAAACAACGCCGUUGGCUAGGAAUCUAGCUCUGGAUGUGCUCAAUUGGAUUUGCUUCAUCCGCUUAAAUCGUUUCCGUUCCCCAAAAUCAGAGCGUCUUAAGGACCAGAUUAAUAAGCAAACUGCGGCUAAUAUGAACGAUCUGCUGGCGCAGCAGUUUGAAUGCAUCAACUUGUCUGAGAAGCACAUCGAGAAAUUGAUGCGGAACUGUAUUCUCUACAGUGAGCGCACCACGGCGCAUAAGUGUGUCAAACUUCUGAUCAUGCUAACAGAGGGCAUGGCCAAUCUGCCACGGGAACUACAGAAACAUUCAUCACUAGAUGUCAGCAUUAAGACGGCAAUAUCAAAUACGUUCCAUGAGCUGCCGCAGGCUCAGUGCGCUAGUGUUGUGCGCUGGUAUGCGAUGCUUACCUGCGCGACAUCGACUGCAGAGUCCCACAACAGCAUUUCAGAGUAUGCUAUCAAUCUGCUCAAGGAAAUCGCGACUGAAAUCGAUAAACGUUGGGAUCCGCAUUGCGCCCUGCUGAGCACGCGCUUUGGCCUCUAUGGUUAUCCUUUUGAGCCAGAAAUUUUCGACUUUGAUUUUCCCAAUAUAAAUAGACACGGAUCUAGCUCGUCCGUGGCACUUACAAAUGUGAUACGGAGUAGCGCCACCAUUUUGCCGGUAACAGGACUCGACAUCAAGCGCUUGAGCUCGAUAGAUGGUGUUGACUUUCGCACCUUUCCGCAUCUGAUACGUGGGAAGAGCAUUAGCAAUCAGCUGCGGGGACUGCUGGAAGUAGUGCAGCUGCAUUUCAAUUGUGUGCAAACCUCCGAAGCCACGCGCAUUGAUAACGUCGACAGCGUAGUUAACGGCGCUGCCAGUGUUGUCAUUGAGGAUGUCAUGAUGAUGCCAAAGAUGACAGCAACCAAAGGAAAGGAUGAAGAAUUGCUUAAUGAUCUGGUCAAUGAUGUGGAGUGUCUAGUAGAAGAGAUGAAAGACAAGGAUGUUAAAACCGCCUUUGGAUCCUUUGGCAUGGUGAACGGGUUCAAGGACAAAGCUUCCGUCUCAUCGCUCACUGAUUUGGAACAUGCCCUAAAGGAGGAGGUAAAAAUCGAGAAGGCAAUUGAUAAGCUGAAGAUAUCUAAGUUUUUGCCACAGCUCACACUUUGGAACAGCUAUAUUCAAAAGAAGUUUGGAAUAAACGAGGAAAACUCCUACGAUGCUUUUGGCGAGCUGGACAACUGGGAAAAGCCGGCAAUGAAGUCUUGCCUCGACUCGCUGCCUGAAGAGGUCUCGCUGUCGCAGUCGUCUGAGAACUCGCAGCCCCCAACUCAACCGUGCGCCAAUGAGAAUACACCGAACGUGUCGGAUGAUACAGCGGAGAGAGAGAAGAUUUUGGAGAAUUUGAGUGCCAAUCCUUGUCCGCCAAUUGCUUGGCACAAGCUACUUACCCCGCCUCCUAAGCUUAUGAUUGUUGUUGACCGCAUGCAUUCGGGCGCCCGCCGUUUCGUCGUACUUGAUUUUGGCCAGCACGUACUACUGACCGAUGUGGUGAUACCUGCCUGCGAUGAGCUAACGUCGCUAAAUAUUGAUAUUUGGUGCUUCGACGAGGAAACGGAUUCCACGCGCCUUGCACAGGUUUCUGACAUACAGACCAAAACCCUGGUUCUAAGCGAUAUGCAGCCACCACCAAUUUGUCGCUAUUUGAAGCUGACUAUUGUUGGACGUAUUGGAAUGUCAUCCACCAAGUGCAAGGUGCCGCUGGGUAGUUUCUUUGGUCAUCCCAUUGUACUUGAGCAUGAUGGCUACGGGGAUCAGCUGGUGCGCUUUGUUAAGCAGCCGGUCCAAUCCCUACAGGCACAUCUCAAGUCUCUUAAUGCGCUUUACGAGGAUGUUCACUGCCGUUACAGCCUAGCAAGUUGCAAAUUAAUGGAACUGCUGUCGCCUAUGCGGAACAGCGAGUUAUCCAAUGUAGCCCACCUGCAGGCUUUUAUCAACAAGCAACGUGAUGAAGAGCUUAGCUGCGGCAUGGACAAUAACAACAAAGUGGUCUCCCUAUACGAGGAAUGCAUGCUGCUGCAAUAUCAAAUCAACGUUAUACGAAACGUGGUGCUACGCUUGGAGCGGGCAAUAUCACCAAAGUCUGUACGUGCGCCAGCACCACCGAAUCCUGCACUCAUCGAAGAGGCGUUGCGCACCGCAUCGCGGGAUAAACUACGCGUAUUAAGUCUUAGCCUGGUCGAGGUGCUUUUGCAUUUUUCCAUUGAGUAUGGUAUUAAAAACAUACUGCCCGUGCAUCAGCGCUUCAAUGUGGCCACUGCCAAGGCCCUGUUCAACUCGCUAGUCGUGUACGGCGAAGCACAGUUGCAACUGACAACGUGUUCCCUGCUGGUCCGCAUGUGUUGCUUCCAGCCUUGGUGGGGCGACUUCUUGGCCGAUACAUUUUGUAGUUUGUUCUCAGCUCAGAAUUGCAAAGCAUUUCCACAGGAUCGAAUAUUCUUUUUGCUCACCUAUUUGGGACGUCGCAGCAUUGCGAUGGGCGCUUGUCGCUCCAUUGUGAUAGAUGCUGUGCUUAAGACACUCGUCAAGUUGCUGGCGCCCAUUUCGCCGCACUAUAAGUUCCAAUCGGAGCAGCCCAGCACUUCGGCCAGUGCAGCGGAGCGAAACGCAGCUAUGGGCAGCACGUCUGACCUUCAGCUGAUUACGUGGCUUUUAUUGUUCCUUUCGGUUUGUUUGGAUGAUAAUAAUGAACGCAAAGACAAAUCGUCAGCACGCUGGGAUUUCAUGAGUUGCGAAAGCGACUUUACUAAAACCAGACCCAACAAUUCAACCAACAGCAAGCAGCUGCGCUGCUUCAAAAAGCGAAUCAUUCAGCAGAAUAAAUACUCUGUUCAGCCCUACACGGACUGGGGCAAGAAAAUCUACAUGAUUCAAAAUGAGCACCCAGGAAUAUUUAUGGAGCUGUCGACUAAGUCGAAGGCGAGUGGUGCAGGCAAAUCAACGUCGACAGCUGGAAAAAUUAAUAUGGUAUCCAGUAGCAUGUGCCCGCCCAGCUCCAAUGCAAGUGGCAACUCGGUUAAGGCAACUGGAACCUCUACAGCGUCGCCUAAGCAUUUGGACGGCUUGGGAGCUAGUACUGAUGGAGACAGUAAUUUUGACAAAGGCCUGAAGACGCUGAGCAUGUCCAACAUCAAAGUUGUCAUACGUGGGCUCUUCGCUCUAUUGCUCGAGAUGGAUUUCGAUUGCAAUAUGGAUCAGUUUCUGCUAACGUGUAAAGUCAUAGCGCGUCUUGUGGCUGCGUGUCGGCCAUCGGUGCGACUGUGCAAAAUUGUUACAACAGCACAGCUGGAGCAGCUCAUUCGCCUAGCUGUGUGGAACGAUCAGCAACAACCCUGGGCUGUGCAUGCAAUUACUUGUUUGCUUCAGGACCUAUUGGAUGCAGACAAGCAGUAUAGGGAUAAUGACGCCACGCCCACCAACGAUGGAGCCCGCUCCAUUGUGACGACAGCAGUGCAGGAGACUCGUGAUCUUUUCAAUGACUAUACUUCUGUCAAAUACAAUUACCUACCUUCGCUGAUCGAGUGCGAGGAUACUGAAUUUGACGAAAUACUAAACGAUAUUGAUAUGAUAGAGCGCACAAAGCCGAUUACUAAGAAGGAAAGCAAUGCGCUCUGCAAGAACACGUUUAGCUUCUUUUGCAAGUCAAUAUCAAUUGCGAUGGAUAGUCGGUUGGAUGCUGGAUUGGAAUUGCAUGUGGAAACCCAGCUGCGUCGCCUAACCAACCGCACAUCGCUAGAUCUGUACUCCUCGCUGCCGCAAGUGCUGACCAAUGAGUUUGUGUCCGCACCGCCAGAUGCUGCACCCUGGCCCGAAUAUCUUACGCAGCUGUGGUCUGGGCCGGACUACAGUGGUCGCAAUACAUACAUAAUGCUGAAGAAUGUCUUUGAUUCUAUACUGGCCGACUUGCAUUACGAGGAUACGUGGGUGCAUCUGGAACAAGUGCUGCAAAUGUGGCUAACACUGAAUUGUGAGCUAGCUGACAAGCCCUACACCUCGGGUAUUACACAAUCGGAUGUACCAAAAAUUCCAUUUGGCGCCAAUGCUGUUCAAGGACUGCUACUAGCUCUGGCCUGGCACAAUGAUAUUAAGCUAAGGACUUGGUGCUUGGGCUUCCAAUGCCUAUUCCUCGCUUGUAAUUCGCUGCCCAUUGGCGACGAUGUAACAGAUUGCACGCGUAUAAACGAGGUCAUUGUGAAUGAUGAGAACUUUGAAAAGAUGCUGCUGCGCUUCUUUUCCGGAUACGGAAUGAGUUCCUCUAUCAUUACCAAUCGCUGUGCUGGUCCAACCAUCUGUAAGCAUUUGCACGAGUUCCUGCUAUGGCUUCAUAGUAAGAAUGAGAGUAACUACGGUAUCAUUCCAUGUAAGCGUCGACUCAAAGACAUCUUGUUGCAUGUCGUGCUGCAAUUGGUGCAGCCCGGCGGCGCUAUUAGCAACCAGCAGGGCCCCAUCGAUGCACAAAAUCAACUGGUGCGCGAUCUGCUUUUAAUGCCGAAUGAUAAAGGCGAUUUGAACAUUGCGCUUAAGAUUAUCGAGAGUGUUUCCUUCCUAGUCUACAACAACAUUUCCAAUGGUGAGAAGCUACAGUGCCAACGUGGCAACGAGAACAGUAAUGCUGGCAAUAACUUCAGCAAUUUGUUUGCCAAUGUGCUGGGUUCCGAGAAUCCGAGCAAACAAAAUGCCAACAUUUGCGACAACUCGUUGAUUAUAAACCUACUUAAAUUGUCCUCGCAUAUGGCUCUCACAGAGAUGCCCCGGCAGCCCAGCGAGGUGACUAUACCUGAAGAAGAGGAGCUGUCCAAUCAAAGCCAAACGGAUGAAACCAAAGCCGAGCAGUUGAACACAGAGGGUCAUCGCAGCAAGGUGCCCUGCAUUGCCGAUUGGGUGUUACGCCAAUUCCCGACGAUGAAGCGCCUGUUUGGCGCACUCUCUCAAUGCUCGACAAAUACGUUUACAAUGAUGUCUUCGAGUUGUCUCUUUUCGCUCAAAACGAACAUGGUUCUGGAUGAGCCGCAGACUAUUGCCGAUGCUGUGUUUAGUUUGAUGAUCACUUUAAGUGAGCGAGCUUCUAAUCCACGCCUGGUUGUAGCUCCCAUAUGCCAAUAUCUCGAAGAGACCACCAUACAACGCAAUGCCACAUUGCCGCGUCUGCAGCUAUCGGAGCCCUUCCUUUGGUAUAUAUCGAAGGUGUUGGAAGUAACAGCUGCUGUUCAAAUUUUCACACAGCUUGGCGGUAUACAAAUCAUUUGCCAUAAUUUGGUUCGCCUUAACAAGACUAUUAUAAAUAUGCAACCGGGACUGAUCUCAAUGAUUAUGCAACAUAUGACUCGUAAUACUCGGCUGAAGCUCAAUAGUCAUGUAAGCAAUGCUAACGCCUGUAAGAAAACCCCCGCGGGCGCACCCGCGCAGCCUCCGACAACAGUCACACAGUCCACCAGGAGCAGCAGCGCCCAGUACGAUGGGUUGAUCAACUUCGCACCCUUCUCACACAUAGUGUCGGAAAAUGAUGCGGCUCAAAGCGCCGAAAUGCUUAUAUCAAAUCCAAAUGCCACUCAUAGACGUCCACGCUCGCCUGCCUGGAGCUAUAUGUUCUAUCCGAAUGAGACACAUGUUGAUUUGACAAUAACUCUGCCAACGGCCAUUUUGCUCAAGGAGGUGCAAUUGGUGCCGCAUACCUCUAGUCUAGCUUCGUGUCCCUCAGCUGUAGCCUUGGAGCUGUCUCGUGAUUAUGGUGUUGGUUCUAUACCCGUGGGCGCGCCCAUGGCCACUACUGGGCUAACCUGCAUACGUCUUAAGCUUGCCAAAGCCGAAGUGGCUACCAGUAUCGUGCUAAGGCUUUAUAGACCCAAAGAUUGCGGCAAUGUCGGGCUUGUGCAAAUAGCUGUACUUGGCCAGACGAUCUUCGGCAAUCGGAUGCAAGGAUUGCGCAGCCAGGGUGCAUUUGGAGAAUCAUUUAUUGCCUCCUCUGCGCCAAUGGGCUCAGCCGCAUUGUCAGCAAUGGAUGUAGAUGCUAUGCCGGAAGACGAUGCGUUUGCUAAGACAAGCAUCGGUUGGGUGCGAAUUUUGUCUCGAUGCUUUCAUGUGGCUGCCCUGCAACCAGACAGCAAGCUGUCGGAUUUGAUUGCGUCGUAUCCAGCCGCAUAUCCCGGAUUUCUUGAGGCCUGCUGCUCUCUUUUAAAUAUCAUGCCAAUGAUACCAAGCUUUGCGCAACAGCAUCUUGAGACCAUUUUGAUCAAGCUGGGCGCCUACAACAAUGAGCUUAGUUUGCAGCUUCUGCGGACAUUACUUUGGCACACAACACCACAGGUGUUUAAGCUCUCCAGCGAUGCUGUGUGUGAUCUCAUUUUCCAAGUGGUUACAGGCUCUACUGUGUAUAUGCUGGAGAAGCUGCGGGUGCUGCUUGAUUGGAUUAUGCAACUGCGCGACACUUACAGCAAGCAGGCACGCUGUAACAAUCCGCAAAGCGGAUUUGUCAAGGUGAUUGCCUCCAUUCUGUGGCAAGUGCAUCGCCAGCAGCAGGUGCCCGAUCUGCCGCAGCUUAUUACACCGGCAUUGUUUGAGACUUGCUACCAGUGGAUAUCUGAGCUGGAGCAUGAUGAGCCACUGAAGAGCAGCUUUGAUGCGCUCAUAUGUUCGCUGUGCUACAUAAAGCCUGAGCUAUUUAACCAGUUGCUGGUUAAGUUGGGUGUGAAGCUGGAGCAGCAGACGCGCGGCAAAACGGACGAUAGCAAGGUGCAAAGCGGAUGUGCUUGGUUCCGUCGCGAGGGAGUUGAAAGUCUUACAAAGUUACUGGAAUAUCCAGCUUUUCUGAAGACCCUCGCAUUGGCUUGCCAGUCUCCCGUGGCUGUUUACCAAAUGUUAGACUCGGGCCUGCCUAAGCUGCUUGCGCAUGCCAUUUACGAGUACUGCACUUAUAUGUUGCCAGCAACCGAGGUGCAACCUGUGGAGCUGACGACCAAAGCAUCCUGCAGCAAUCAAGCAGCCGCCGGUGGAGAUUCCUCGCUCACAGAUUUUGAUAAAGCGGAAGCGAAUUUCGGGACUGACACAACACCGCUACUGAGCUGCGCUAAUGUCCCCAAGGUGCUGGACUUCUUUUCGGAGUGCUGUGCCGAGGGCCCGAUGCGUGACUGGCUGGGAACUAUGCAGGGUUCGUUGUUCUGGAAGCCGCUCCUACAGCUGCUGUGCAACACACACUUGGCGCAGUUCAGCAAAACGCUGCCCAUGCAGCAGACGUUCAUUCGGCUGGAACGGGCAACAAUCAAUUUCUUUACACGUGUGAGUGCCUGCCACCCAGACAAUCAGGAAGUGCUCACAUCGUUGCUCAUUGGCGCCAUCAUCUGCAAGCCUCUGCGCUCUGCUGGCGGUAAUCGCCCAACUAUUUCUGGAUUCACGCGCCAGCUGGUACUGCAGCUGCUGCUGGAGAACGAGCACAUCACCGUGUCUGUGCGCAGCCAGCAGCCAUUACAGCGCAGGGAUACGUUGUCAGCCAUAAUGGGCGGCAAUUGUGCUGGAGGUCCCAGCAACAGUUUACCUAUUGCGGCAGUCAAUCAUCAUCCAGCGAAGCGUAGCAGCGCCCAUCAAAUGCUAUUCACUGUGACCACGAACACCACCUGCCAGGAAAUCAUGCAGAAUUGUGUCAGCGUUUAUAGUAACUUAGUGUAUCAACAACCAACAGAUCAGCGCACUGGAGGCGAUGCUUCUGCUGGUAUGCCGAGCGCUGCCAAGUCAAGCGAUGCAAAGCUCGACAAGUCGUGCUUCAUUAACUUCAACAAUAUGGAGGCAGGCAGCAUGGAAUUCUUAACAGUCGGCGCUGCAGUGGCUGCUAAGGACAAGCGCAUCAAGGAUGCCAAGAACCAGGCAGCCAUGAAUAAAGACAAGGAGACUCAGACAACAGCUAUGCAACUGCUACCUAUAAAUACCUUCAAUAUUGAGGAAUUUCUAUUGCAAGCUGCACACGCCGGCUCUGGCAGCCAGUUGGUCGUAGCUGAGUACCCAGAUAUAGUGCUGUCCGGUGAUGCCACAAUCUCACAGGUGUUGGCCACAUUGCAGAAUGCUGGGCACUCGUUGUCCGCGCCCUGUCUCUCUUUGGAUUUGGUACUGCAGCGCUCCAUGGGCGAUGAGGCUGCCGAGUCGAAGAAAAUUAAGGCUGUUUGCACCGAACCCUUGCCAUCUCCGUUGCAGCGCUUCUCCAGCAGUGGUGGUUUAUCUCUGUUAGCCCACUAUUUGCCGACUGUGUAUCCUGAGCACAUGGGCCGCAAAGCUACUGCCGUAGCGGCCGAGAAGGAGAAGAGUCCACCACUAUCCGAUUGGGUUAAGCUUGAGCCCAAUGAUGAGAUCUACGAAGAUCUGGAAGAUACCAUAUGUGAGCCGACUACCAAGCAGGUUACCGUUAGCUCUGUGCCCCAACAUUCGCUAGCCGCUUUCGGCUUGUUUCUGCGGCUGCCCGCCUACUCUGAUGUUUUGCUCAAGGACAAACAGCGUGCGCAGUGCCUGCUGAGACUCGUGCUAGGCGUCACCGGCGACGGCGAUGGCAAUGACAUCUAUAGCCUUUCGUUGGCACCCUCGUUACCAACAUUACCGUUUGAGGUGUUCCGCCAGCUCCUUGAUAGUGUGUCAUUGUCCACGGAUGACGGCGUACUCCUGCGGCGUGUUGUCAUCGAAGUAGGAGCUAUGCAUCUUGUGCUUAAUUGUCUAGGAAUCUUCUCACACCAGUCUCAUAACAACAAAAUCGGUGCAUUGAUAAACGAACCGUGCUCCAGUGGAAACAGCAACGGCAACGGCAACGGGAACGGGAACGGUGCAGUAACUAAAAGCAGUACAGCUGAGGAGCCCAUUCCGAGUACGACAACGUCGGAUGAUAAAAGCCACAUAUACUGGGCCAAGGGCACUGGCUUCGGCACCGGUUCUACGACACAGUCAUGGAACGUAGAACAGGCGCUGAUGCGCCAGAAAAGUGAGGAAGAGCACGUGACGGUGCUCUUACUGGUGCUAUCCAGUUAUAUCAACCCCGGUGAUUGUAUACCCAGCGAAAUGCGCGGCGAGGAUAUACUUGCUUAUCAUGAUGUGCGCGACGUAACCGGGGAACUGCCACCCAUAUUCCAGACUCUCCUGCAGCAGUCGUGUCUCAUACCAGCGCUUAGCUCUUAUCUGCGUAACGACUCAGUUUUAGACAUAACACGACACAUUCCCCUUUAUCGUGCCAUUUUAAAGCUGUUGCGUGCACUUUCUCUGUCUAAGAAUUUAGUUUCGUUACUGCAGCCGAGUGUUAACGGAGACUGCACCCCACCAAUUUCGGAGCUUCUAAAGAACAUGAAGACCUGCGUUGACACGUAUGCCAAACGGCUCAAAGUCAACAAGAAGUCUAACAUCAAAGGCCAAACGCACCAGUUGACUUUCAAUAUUGAUGAUGGCGAUGACGAGGGCCUCGCACUGCUCAUACCGGACAUACACGAGACUUGUGUGCUGGUGCAGAAGACGACUGAUGCAGAUGCAAUGAUUAACAUGUUGCAGACGCAUGAGGAUGGCAUGGGUUCGAUAGAACGGCCAAUGAGUAAAUCAGUUGAGCAGCGCUAUCUGGAGUUGAUGAAAAAGCGCCAGUUCGAUACAUAUGAUAUGAUUGUGGAAUCGGACAAUAACAGCUUUCGAUUUGUGGUAUCGCAUCAUUUUGAAAAAAUGGUGCGUCUCGCCGGAGAUCGGUAUCAUCCUUCACGCGUCAAGCGCUUGGCACAAGAAGCAGUCACGCUCUCCACCAGUCUCCCAUUGAGCUUUAGUAGUUCUGUAUUUGUGCGCUGUGAUACGGACAGAUUGGACAUCAUGAAGGUGCUAAUAACUGGUCCAGCAGACACGCCAUAUGCCAAUGGCUGUUUCGAGUUUGAUGUAUUCUUUCCACCGGACUAUCCCAACUUGCCCAUGCUCAUCAAUCUUGAGACCACGGGUCGUCACUCGGUACGCUUCAAUCCCAAUCUGUACAAUGAUGGCAAAGUGUGUCUGUCAGUGCUAAACACCUGGCACGGAAGGCCCGAGGAGAAAUGGAAUGCGCAAACCUCCAGUUUCCUGCAGGUUCUCGUAUCCAUACAAUCCCUGAUCCUUGUUCCAGAGCCAUACUUUAAUGAACCGGGCUUUGAACGCAGUCGGGGCACACCCAGUGGCACGAACUCAUCGCGCGAGUAUAAUAGCAACAUCUAUCAGGCGUGCGUGCGUUGGGCAAUGUUAGAGCAAAUACGCAAUCCGAGUCCAUGCUUCACAGAUGUGAUUCACAAACACUUUUGGCUCAAGCGCGAAGAGAUCUGCACACAAAUCGAGGGCUGGAUUGAGGAGCUAAGUAAGCCACAAUAUACCGAGCGUGCUAGUCGCACUAUAUCGUUUAACUCGAUGGUGUUGCGCCGGCACUAUCGGCAUCUACGAGAGGAACUCGCCAAGCUUAAGCCUCCGCGUGGCCUGGAAGAUUUAGAUGCACCGUUUAAUCCGGUAGCCACGCUGCCACCUAUGGAUGUGUCCACAACAACGACAGCUACCCCAACGACAAAUGCACAAGUGGGCACCGAAGACUCACUGGUGCCAGAGCUAAAUCUAUUGGUUGACAAUGGGGACAGCGAUAUGUCUAUGCCAGCUGACUUCUUCAAGGAUAUGAAGGAAGAGGGGUUACUGACAGGCGAAGAAGAAGUGGUCGAAAUUUUAAGUGAUACGGAGAACGAGAGCAGCGUGUGGCAAGAUAAAGAGGAGGACACACCGUGAAUUGCUCCUGAAUGCCGCUUGCUAGUGCGCACUAGACAGUUUUAUUUAUCUUUUUAAGUUUUGUUUAAUGCUCUUUUGUUUUUUUAAUUUUGUAAGAGAGACUGCAACUGCAACAGAACUUGGUGUGCUUUACAUGAAGAAAAUCUAAUAUUUAAUGUUAUCGAUGGA